AUGGCGGACGCGUAUGGCCCAGUUACACGCGGCCUGCAGCUACCUCAACUCGACUUGAUGAGCCCCAGCAAAGACACAAUGGGCCCUAUAGAAGUUAUCUUCGACCAAUUCUGGGCUAAGCUGCUGGAACACAUGAAGCCAGCGAUGACAACUCAUGAGCCACGCAAAGAAAGCAAGGCAGAG